AUGCCCAGAUUACUUGCUACCCAGUCUCACGUUGUGCAUGGGUACGUCGGCAACAAAGCAGCUACAUUCCCGCUGCAGUGUCUCGGGUGGGAUGUCGACUGUUGUAACACAGUUCAGUUUUCUAACCACACUGGAUAUGGUAUGGACAAAGUUUUUGGGACGAUUACGACUCAAGAUCAAUUGAAUCAACUGUUGUCCGGUUUGUUCCAGGAGUUCUCAAAGGACUACGAUGCACUUUUGUCCGGCUACCUUCCCAAUGCCGAGUCUGUCGAGUGCAUGGGGAGACACUACUCUAAAUUUAAGAGAGACAAUCCGAACACUCUGUGGCUGAUGGAUCCGGUUAUGGGUGACGAGGGAGAAUUGUACGUCAAUGAGGAUGUGAUACCGAAGUACAGAGAACUUGCAUUGUCUUCGGAUAGCGGGGUUGACAUCAUAACCCCAAAUCAGUUUGAACUGGAGAUAUUGUGCGGAAAAAAGAUUAACUCGUUGUCGGACUUACAAUCUGCGUUGUCCUUCCUUCAUGAGAGUAUACCGAUCAUCAUAGUAACGUCCUGUACUCCAAAAAUAUUUAACGAUGAUGGCUACAUAUAUUGUGUCGCAUCGAUGCGUAACGAGCAGGCAAGGAUAUUCCAUAUACCACUGAUAGAUUCGUAUUUUACCGGUGUCGGUGACCUUUUUUCAGCGUUGAUAGUAGAUCGAGUUUUCAAGAUGUUACAGAACGAGUCGUCUCUGCCUAGUUUUGAGGAUCAAAUCAACGACGUAAUAAAUGUCAUUCAAAGAGUCCUCCAUGUCACGAAAGCGCUCUCCAGUGGGGAUGUUAAGGGCAAAAUGGGUAGUGUAAAGGGAAUGAAGAGCGCGGAGUUGAAGAUUAUAGAAUGCAGAGACCUAUACGACACGACACCAUUGGAAAAGGCAAACUUCUACAGCAUUAUAAAUGAUCAGACUUUUUUCCACCAUAAACUGGAAUAA